AUUUCAAACAUCUUUGAUCAUUUCCCAUAAUGCUCUGCGGUUUUUUUCAACUUCCUCUUUCCGCCAUAUUGCAGAACCGGCAUCAUGGUGCGCAUGAACGUUCUUGCAGAUGCUCUGAAAAGCAUCAACAAUGCUGAGAAGCGUGGGAAACGCCAGGUCCUCAUCAGGCCCUGCUCCAAGGUUAUUGUGCGCUUCCUAACCGUCAUGAUGAAGCACGGUUACAUUGGUGAGUUUGAGAUCAUUGACGACCAUAGAGCUGGAAAAAUCGUUGUCAAUCUCACAGGAAGGCUGAACAAGUGCGGUGUCAUUAGUCCACGUUUUGAUCUCCAACUCAAGGAUCUGGAGAAGUGGCAGAACAACCUGCUGCCUUCAAGACAGUUUGGAUACAUUGUGCUGACCACCUCGGCUGGCAUCAUGGAUCAUGAAGAGGCCAGACGGAAACACACGGGAGGCAAAAUCCUUGGAUUCUUUUUCUAAAACACAAAGAACUGAAAAUAAAAACCAUAGAAAAAAAACA